GAAGAGGAGCUCCGUGACAUCUCUUCUCCCCACCUAUAGGACUCUGAUCAGCUGCUCGCUGUCACUGAUGCCGGGGCAAGGACUCCCCUCAUCAGCUGCUGUGCGGAGGAGGUUAUAGACUUUGUAUAAUAUGAGCCUCUGAUUACCCGCCCUGUGCUGUUUUAUGCUCUCGGCUUUAUUGUUCUUGGGUGGAGAGUUACCCUCCUGUGACCCAUGGAUGUCUUUAACUGCCUCUCCUACCAGCAGGCCCUCUGGGACCCUGUAACUGUAAGAUGCGGCCACUCUUUCUGCAAAAGGUGCUUGCGGGGGCCAGCAGUGGACAGGUGCCACGUUUGCAAGCAGAAGCUGAAGACCAGGGGUGCCCAGGAGCUGAAAUGUAACACCCUUUUAUGCAACUUGCUGGAGAAGUGCCUGCAGAGCGAAACCAGACUGAACAGGGUGAGAAGCGACCUGCGCGAUCUGCUCUCACUCCAUGACCACGAAGAGGCAGCAAAAGUGGCCUCCAGAGGAGUUGCGAUGGCUGCUUGAAGAUCUUGGUUUUCCGGUGCCUUCAUCUCCUGAAGAGCUGUUAGACGAGGUCUCUCAUUACUUGAAGUCGUCCAGUCCAGACGCCGCUACCCUCAUAGCUCCUCUAAAAGCUGCAUCCAUUGAUUCAUGUGACACAAUAGCGAAUGUGAAGGGAGGAAAGAAGAAAAAAGACAAGCAUUAGAAGAACAAAAGUGAUACAAUGUUGCUGGAACAUGCAUUUAACAAACCUCCAUUAUACUUAUUAAUGCUCUUCUGCAUGUGUGUUUGUAAAUGGUCUGCAAUGUAUAUACUGAUCUUUACUUAAAGGUCAUGGGUUUUCAGAAUAAAACCUUAAACAAA